AUGGAUGUUAGAAAAUUCAAUGUGCUGGUAGAAAGUUCCGAAGAAAAAGAGAAAGUUUUGGAUGAGGCAGUGAAAAACAAUCCGGAAAAUGCAUUUUUAUGGAUGAUGUUAUUGCAGUGCAAAAUAAAAUCCAACCCGACAGAUGUGGAAACGAUACGUAAAUUGUUCAAUAAAGCAACACGAGAAGCAUAUGAUGGAAGUUAUGGUCUUGCUAGCAUGUACAAAGUAAUCAUCGAUUGGGCGCAUCAAUACUCGGAAGAUGAUGUGGAUGAUUUUUUCAGACAAGCUACUUUUCGUACAACACCGAAAGUUGCAUGUCAAAUGCGAUGUGUUCGUUUGAAUUACAUGGCUUCUGUUUAUCAUGAUAGACCUAAUAAACUAAGGGAAGAAUAUUUCCUGUUUGCAAAACAUCCACCAAACAGCAUUGAAGUUCAUCAGUAUUGA